UAAUGAAGUUUAUACGAGCCUAAUAACUAUUUGGAAACCAUAGAGAGAGAUUUGAGAUAUUGACAUAUUUCAGUAAAGUUUCGUUUAUCCUAAACGCACGAUAUGUUGUUUCAAACAACGGUGAAAAUGCGUGGAAUAUGAUGCUUCGACUACAGCAGCACAAGAGAAGUUACAUUGUAACCUCAAGAAAAGACAAAGAAGCUGAAAUGAACAACAAGAUUUUGGAAAGCGUGAAUUCCUUAAUGCAUGAGGAUAAAGCGAAAACGCAAAGGGCAUUUGAUGAAGUCGCUCCAUUAGUCAACGAAGUAUUUCACGCGCUGGCAAACUACGAUAUAAGAUUUGAGUUCAGCGAGCUGUCUCUUGAUUCGUGCAAGGUUGAGAAGAUUAUGGAGAAGGAGUACACCAUUUUGUGCCCUUUGAAGGAACUACCUGAAGAACAUUUGAGAUUGGAGGGGAAAAAUUCUACCGGAGCAUUGGCUGUAAGAUUAAGCCGGACAUACGAGGACAGCAUUGAUAAGGUUUCCUGGGAAGACAUCAGUUUACCACCAGAUGAAAAAGGAUGUCGAUAUUUCAGCACAACCAGGCUACUUCAGGUUCUCAUUGCAAGACUUAAACAUGCCAUUCAUGAUGUCAUUCCUACUGAUGGCGAAAACAACGAUAAAGAGAAAUCCUUGAGUUGUAAACAGAAAAACGACAUGGUCUAUCUUGAAGUUAAGGUGUCCGACUGCUGUCAUCGAUUUAAUUUACUCCCCUGUGUUCCUCUCAACGAAGGAAUCAUGAAGUCUUUAUCCAUGGACAGCAGAAUCACAAGAAUUACAAAACAUAUGAAAAUAGAAACAACGGAAACUGCUUACCUUGUCGCCAAACCUUUACAAAAACAUCCUGAGAAACUGUGGCGUAUAACAGUUAAUAACAUUGAAGAAAGUAUAGUUCGCCAGAUAUUUGAUUCAACUGAAUGCGGAAAUCAUUGUCUUUUUGCUCUUACUCAUAUGAACGAGCAACUCUUUUCUGAAAAGAAGAACAAAGGUUUAGUUCCUCAAUACUUGACUCGUAUGGCACUCCUGGAAGAGUUCUUAAAAUAUCCAAACUUGAACAAUUGGAAAUCGAAAUAUUUCACAGUUCGUGUUGAGAGCAUUCUCCGUAGUUUGGAAGAGCAUUUGUAUAAAAAAGAUUUAAAGAAUAUUUUGACUGGGGUGAACAUCGUCGCCCAUCGUGCUAAAGACAAUCUUGGAGAACUCUUAGAUGAUGUAGAAAGAGUAAGGGUUGAAUUUAGAAAAUAUUUUAGCUAGAUAAUACGACCAUUUGACUUGCAAACAAAAGUAAAGUUACCUGACUAUAAAAAUGCACAGACGUUUUCAAAACCUGACUUGUAUCACACAUUAAUAUCAGACAGAUUAAAUUCAGAAGCCCACGUUCCUGGAAGUUGUUUUUUUGUUUGCUUUACUUACCACUAAA